AUGGCACCUUCAGUCUCAUCCGCCCUCGGAGACCUCCUGCAAUCACUCGCUGCCAUUGGCGCGUCCCUGUUGAACUCCGUGUUCGCCGUGUUCCAGGCCCUCCUCGCGCUCAUACAGGAGCUCGUCGGGAGCGUACUGCAGCUCGCUCAGACGCUGUUCGCCUUCGCGGCGAACCUGCUCCAGGGAGCCGUCGGAUUUGUUGUGGCCAACUUCUUCGCCGUUGCUCUUGUUGGAGGAGGCUACUAUUGGUACACCCAUCGCGAUGGCCGUGCUCGGACGCGGUCGGGUGGCAAACGUAUUGCAUGA